AUGCAGCAGCAGCAGCAGCAGCAGCAGCAGCAACAGCAGAAGCAGCAGCAGCAACAGCAACCUUAUUGCUGCUUCUCUUCUUCUCUGCAAGCAGACUCGACCCCCCGCAUGCAGCAGCAGCAGCAGCAGCAGCAGCAGCAACAGCAGAAGCAGCAGCAGCAACAGCAACAGCAGCAGAAACUGCAGCAGAAGCAGCUCCAUCACCAGCAGCAGAAGGAGGAGGAAGGAGACGACCAGCAGCUGCAACAGCAGCAGCAGCAGCAGCAGCAGCAGCAGCAGCCGUAG